AUGUCGCUCGCGAACCUCGCACGCGCAUCCUCGGGACCCGGGGCGUCGGUGCGUCGCCCCGCGACGGUCCAAAGACACGCGGCGUCGCUCUCCGGUACGGCGCCGGCGAAGGCGAGCGCGUCAAAAAUCUGGCGGCGGCGGGCCCCCGUGCUUCUCGGCGCGCGAGCCGCGUCGAGGGACGACGCGGGUCCGACCGGAACGUCGCCCACGUCUUCCGUCGCAGGGUCAAACGACGCGACCGGCGCCGCGGCGGCGUCGGACGCCCGCAUCCCCACGUACCACCUGCACGAGGAGGAGCACGACUUCGACGUCAUCGUGGUCGGCGCCGGUCACGCGGGUUGCGAAGCCGCGCUCGCCGCCUCCCGCCGCGGCGCCAGGACCCUGCUCCUCACCCUAUCGCUCGAUCGCAUCGCGUGGCAGCCGUGUAACCCCGCGGUGGGAGGACCCGCGAAGUCGCAGCUGGUGCACGAGGUGGACGCGCUCGGGGGAGAGAUCGGGAAGAUGGCGGAUAAGUGCUACCUCCAGAAGAGGGUGCUCAACGCCAGCAGAGGACCCGCGGUGUGGGCGCUCCGGGCGCAGACGGACAAGUGGGAAUACUCGCGCGAGAUGCGUCUGCGUCUGGAGCGCCAGCCAAACCUGAUGAUCCGCGAGGGCAUGGCCACGGACGUCUUGGUGGGUUCCAACGACGAGGUGGCCGGGGUGCGAACGUUCUUCGGGAUGGAGUUUCGCGCGCCAGCUGUGGUGCUCACCACCGGGACGUUCAUGUCGGGGCAGAUAUGGGUCGGUCGCAAAACCCUAGCCGCCGGACGCGCCGGGGAGGCACCCUCCGAGGGCCUCACCGAGAGCCUAUGCGACCUGGGGUUCGAGACGGACCGGCUCAAGACGGGGACGCCCGCGCGAGUGGACAGCCGAAGCAUAGACUACUCCCUGCUCGAGGCGCAACCCGGGGAUGAGGACGAGCGGUGGUUCUCGUUCGACCCGAGGGCGCACGUCGCACGGGAGCAGAUGGCGUGCCACCUGACGCGCACCACCGCCGCGACGCACCAGCUCAUCCGAGAUAACCUGCACGAGACGCCCACCUACGGCGGUUGGGUGGGCGCCAAGGGACCGCGAUACUGCCCGUCCAUCGAGGACAAAAUCGUUCGCUUCGCGGAUAAAGAAUCGCACCAAAUCUUCCUCGAACCCGAGGGGCGAUCGUGCCCGGAGGUUUACGUGCAGGGAUUCAGCACCGGGCUGCCCGAGCGCUUGCAGCUGGCGCUGUUGAGGACGCUUCCAGGUCUGGAGAAGGUUAACAUGCUGAGGCCCGCGUACGCCGUCGAGUACGAUUUUCUCCCGGCGUACCAGUGCGACAACACGCUGGAGACGAAGAAGAUCCGCGGUCUCUUCUUCUCCGGGCAGAUCAACGGCACCACGGGGUACGAGGAGGCCGCGGCGCAGGGGCUGCUCGCGGGUGCCAACGCCGCGGCCGUGGCGCUCGACGGCGCGAAGCUGGUGCUGCCCAGGGAGGGGAGCUACCUCGGAACGCUCAUCGACGACCUCUGCACCAAGGACCUGCGCGAGCCGUACCGCAUGCUGACGAGCCGAUCAGAGUACCGGCUCGUGCUCAGGUCCGACAACGCGGACCAGCGGCUCACCCCGAUCGGUCGCGAGUGCGGCCUGAUCGACGACGAGCGGUGGGGAAUGUUCACUGACAAGAUGCACGCGGUGGAGGACGAGCUCGAACGACUGAAGAACACGAGGGUUAAGAGCGACUCGGAGGUUGUCCAGGCCAUACUCAACGCCGGCGCGGGCGGGGCGAAGAAGCCGAGCAGGCAGUCUUUCACGCUGGAGGAGCUCCUGCGCCGCCCCGAGGUGGACACCGCGAUGCUGGACGGGUUUGGGCUCGGGGGCGGUUUGACCCGAUGGGACGCGGAGGCUGUCGAGGUCAAGGUCAAGUACGAGGGUUUCAUCAAGCGACAGGAGGGGCAGGUGGCCAAGGUGGCCGGUAAGAUGAACAAGAAGAUCCCCGAGGGCAUAGACUACGGCGCCAUCACCACGUUGCGCAUGGAGGCGAGGGAGAAGCUGGCGAAGAUGACGCCGCGGACCGUGGGGCAGGCAAGCAGGAUAGGGGGCGUGACCCCCGCCGAUAUCUCGUCGCUGCUGGUGCACCUGGAGGUUGGAAACAGGCAGAAGGGAGUCGGGAAGGACGCCAGGCGCGCGGCCAAGGCGGAUAGGAAAGCUGCGGUCGAGGCGGCGGAGAAGGAGCGGUCGGAGACGCAGAGCCAGUCCGUGGCUCCUCCUCGAUAG